CUAAGAUAAGAUAACACGAAUCAAUUUCACCGAUGACAAUGUGACAAUUGUGUUAUGGCGAGUGUCAAGACGACAACGAUGUCAGCAUUUCUAGUCGCGAUAUACAUAGGGGUUUUCUGUAGCGCAUCAUCUAAUGCAGAGAAUAACGUUGAGUACGUCAUCGAAUGGAACACGAAUCAAAGAUAAGGACAUUCCACGUUUCCGAAAGUAUUUGUAUUGCGUGCAGACAUCAUUGGGGCAAUCAUGUUACGUAUGUUGAUGUGUCUGUUUUCCGGAUUAAAUUUAUCCAACUGCAUUGACCUUUUUGUUUGUCUAGACCUCGACAAUCAUACCAAUUGGCAAGCAAUCGGACCACACAUACAAGAAAUCAAGUAUGUACGUUCCUCAAACCGCUUUCGAGCCUCUGUGCAAUGUGAGCCCGGCUAUCAAGGUUUUGUGCUUUUUCAACAGAAAUAUAGCAAUCGUUUUCCAAUGGAUUGCAUAAAUGGGUCAUGGACGUUUGCUUCACCUUGCAUGGAAGUUGUUUGCCCAGACAUUUCCAACAAUGAUACAUGGAAAACAAACGGGGAAAAUAUACAACGCAUCGAAUAUUUGCCAAGUUCUUUGUCAACAGUGACUGCACACUGUCUGAAUGGAUAUGAAGCAAUUUCUCAUAAUAGUUCCAAUGAUCAUUUCUCGGUUAAAUGCGAGCAAGGUGUUUGGGUGGCCGAAGUAGCGGAAGGUGCAUGCCAAAAAAAAGAUUGUGGACCUCCUCUUGACUGGGCACACGGCACAUGCAUUGCGACCAACACAACGUACCAAUCUAUUGGACUGUGUUCCUGUAACACUGGAUACACUUUUACUGGACGAAAUAACAGCAUUGAAUGUCUUGCGAACGGAUCAUGGAGAGUUCCCGAUGGCAACUGCACUAUUAAAAAUUGUGGCAAUCCACUAGCUGAUCCAUAUCGCCACGAUGACACAUCAAACGGCACAGUUUUUUUGUCAACGGUAACAUUUUGGUGUAACGAAGGCUAUGAAUUGGUGGGAGCAAACACAUCUGUAUGUACGGAAUUGUCUAACUGGCGACCAGAUGUUCCAAAUUGCAAAAUAAAAGAUUGUGGACAUCCUCCUGAUUUAGCAUACGGCACAUGCAUUGCUAUCAACACUACAUUCAAAUCUAUUGUGCUGUGCUCCUGUAACACUGGAUACACUUUGACUGGACGAAAUAGCGGCAUUGAAUGUCUCGCGAACGGAUCAUGGAGAGGUCCCGAUGGUAGCUGCACUAUAAAAAACUGUGGCAAUCCAUUACCUGAUUCGAAUCGCCGUGAUGACAUUUCAAACGGCACAGUUUAUUUGUCAACGGUAUUUUUUUCGUGUAACGAUGGCUACGAGCUUGUUGGAGAAAACACAUCCCUCUGUACGGAUUUGUCCAAAUGGCAACCAGAAGUUCCUCGUUGCAAAAUAAAAGAUUGUGGACCUCCUCUUGACUGGGCACACGGCACAUGCAUUGCGACCAACACAACGUACAAAUCUAUUGGACUGUGCUCCUGUAACACUGGAUACACUUUUACUGGACGAAAUAACAGCAUUGAAUGUCUUGCGAACGGAUCAUGGAGAGUUCCCGAUGUCAACUGCACUAUAAAAAACUGUGGCAAUCCACUAGCUGAUCCACAUCGCCACGAUGACACAUCAAACGGCACAGUUUUUUUGUCAACGGUAACAUUUUGGUGUAACGAAGGCUAUAAAUUGGUGGGAGCAAACACAUCAGUAUGUACGGAAUUGUCUAAAUGGCGACCAGAUGUUCCAAAUUGCAAAAUAAAAGAUUGUGGACAUCCUCCUGAUUUAGCAUACGGCACAUGCAUUGCUAUCAACACUACAUUCAAAUCUAUUGUACUGUGCUCCUGUAACACUGGAUACACUUUUACUGGACAAAAUAGCGGCAUUGAAUGUCUCGCGAACGGAUCAUGGAGAGGUCCCGAUGGUAGCUGCACUAUAAAAAACUGUGGCAAUCCAUUACCUGAUUCGAAUCGCCGUGAUGACAUUUCAAACGGCACAGUUUAUUUGUCAACGGUAAUUUUUUCGUGUAACGAUGGCUACGAGCUUGUUGGAGAAAACACAUCCCUCUGUACGGAUUUGUCCAAAUGGCAACCAGAAGUUCCUCGUUGCAAAAUAAAAGAUUGUGGACCUCCUCUUGACUGGGCACACGGCACAUGCAUUGCGACCAACACAACGUACAAAUCUAUUGGACUGUGCUCCUGUAACACUGGAUACACUUUUACUGGACGAAAUAACAGCAUUGAAUGUCUUGCGAACGGAUCAUGGAUAGUUCCCGAUGGCAACUGCACUAUAAAAAACUGUGGCAAUCCACUAGCUGAUCCACAUCGCCACGAUGACACAUCAAACGGCACAGUUUUUUUGUCAACGGUAACAUUUUUGUGUAACGAUGGCUAUAAAUUGGUGGGAGCAAACACAUCAGUAUGUACGGAAUUGUCUAAAUGGCGACCAGAAGCUCCAAAUUGCAAAAUAAAAGGUGACAAUUUACAUUUCAUACACUGGACUAAAUAA